GAACAACCGGUAGUAACAGAAGAUUAUCAUUGGCAAGUUCAUGGCUACCACAGCAGUUGGUAAUCACAACCACGGAGGGCCUAUCAUCGGGAGAGGUGCACCCGACUUACCGAGGUUUCACCGUGAAGCUCAGCCAUUUAUUUGCUCUCGAGCUCUCUGUUCAGAAUAAAGUGCACAACUCCACAAGCCAACAUUGUUUGUCAUACUUUGAAUCUUCCAUAGAUCCCAAUAACCACUGCCAGCACACCUGAUCUAUCUGAGUAUCAUGGCUUCAUCCGAGAAAGAUGCUGCUACCAAAGCUCGCAUCCUCAAACACAUGAACGCAGAUCAUGCUGGUUCUCUGUCCCUCUACCUACAGCACUACUGUCAGCUCUCCAAAAGCGAAGCCGCCACGCCGAAGCUUCUCGAUAUCUCCCUCUCCUCACUCCGAAUCUCUUCUAAAUCCGGUAAAACUCACACGAUUCCCCUUGAUCCCCCCAUGUCUUCCUUCGCCGAUUCUCGGCCUCGAUUUGUCGCUAUGGACUCCGAGUGCCGUAAUGCUCUCAACAUCUCCCCAUAUACCAUUACUCGAUACGAGCCCCCAAAGAUUUUCCUCCAUCGAUUGAUUUUCGGCUUAUGCGUUAUGACUAUGGUUGUAUUUGCUGCGAAAUCGCACAUUGUACCUGGUACAUUCUUCUACGAUAAUGUGUUGUCAUGGUUUCCAGGCGGCCCAAAAACUUUUUUGUGGCUUUCCGAUAAGAUUGCUCUCCCGACUAUUGCGAUACAUGUGGUUGAAGUCAUUUGGAUGGAUAGGAGCAGACUGAUGAAGUACAAUAUCGAGAGGGGAAGUUCUAUGUGGUGGAAAUGGAUGACAAGUUGUUUGAUUGAGGGGUAUGGAAGUUUUGCCAGGAUCGAUGCUAUGAUCAAGCAGCAAAAGAAAGAGAAAGAGUCUAAGGGAAAUGAUGGACAUUGAGAUAUUCGGCAGAGGACAUAUAGAACAAUUUUACGGAACGACAAAUUUUAUGAACUGAGGGGAGAAACUGCAAAAAGAACGACGAGCAGCACAACAUGGAACCAUGGCCAGAAUAUGGUGAGAACAUAUUGAUUCUUGAGGACGGAAGUAAGCUAGAUAUCCUGGAAAAUUCCACAAUCGGCAAUGUAUUACUUGGUCCUUUGCUAGUUUUCGCUUUUUCUCUGUUUCGAAAGAACCAAUAUUAACUAUAGCCUUCACAGAAAGCACAUUUUCACCCUUCGCUUUCUUGGUUCUGGGGAAGACCAUGUUGAUGUUGACAAUUAAUCUAUGCGCCA